UUCACGUUAAACAUUAUAAAGCAAAAUUAGUUAUAACUUAUAACUACAUAGAAAUAAUGUGGAAGACUCCGUAAUAUUUUGUAUGUGUUUACGAAAAUUCGUCUGUUUUCCAUUCGCCGAUUUCGCACGUUACCAAUAAUAUACAUAUCUGUUUGCUCCGAACAUUAUUAUGAAAUCAAGCAGCACAGAAAAGCAGGGAUAAAUUAGCUUGAGUAACCUGAACGAAUAAAAUUGGUACUACUGCUGGAAAAGCUGGAAAUGGAUUGGAAUAUAAUUGGAUGGGACAGGACAAUUAAAUAGAGCUAUAAAUUUAUAAAAAAUGGAAGGCGAAAUAUGCGAGCAGCAAAUUGAAAAUGGCACGUUCAUAUCGAACUUUCUUCAAAACAACAUCAAAACGAAUCAGUUCGAAGUCAGCACGGACGCCAAGACAUUUCGGACGACGGCCAAGUUGAAGGAACCUAGGGAGUUGUUUGCGUUGCCUAAGGAGUUGGACUGUCCCCAACAAGCGCCUAGAUGGCCUUCGGAAUGCCAAGUAGUAGAGGAGAGAAUACAACACAUAUCAUGGAGCCCUGCGUGUCCAGAGCCAUAUUACAAUGCUACAGGGAAGGAGUUACGGCCACAGCCAGUGGGAGAGGAGGCUGGGACUGUCAUCUUUCAGUACUACCCCAUGAGUGCCGUCAACUAUUUUAGUAGAUCUACCGUGGGCGGUUCGCGCCUGUACAUAUCAGCUUGUGCCAGUGCGGGGGGCGAAGAUGAGUUGCGAUUUGAAUCGAGAUUCGAAAGUGGGAACCUAGCAAAAGCUGUGAAAAUCACGUCUUCCUAUUACGAACUUCACUUAAGGACCGAUCUUUACACGAACAGGCAUAUGCAAUGGUUUUAUUUUAAAGUGACGAACACCAAAAAGCAAAUGAUGUACAGGUUUUCCAUAGUAAACUUAUCAAAGGCGGAAAGCUUAUACAACGAAGGCAUGCGACCUUUAUUGUACUCCACGAAAGACGCUAACCUACAUUCGAUUGGUUGGAGGCGGUGCGGCGAUAACAUCGCGUACUACAAGAAUGACCCUACAUGCGAAGAAGAGGAACAAUUUCCAAACUACACCUUAACAUUUAAUAUAGAAUUUCCUCAUGCGGACGACGCGGUAUACAUUGCACACUGCUACCCGUACACAUACUCCGAUCUACAGGAAUACUUAUCAAGACUCCAAUCGCAUCCAGUCAAAUCUACGUUCUCCAAACUGAGGCUACUUUGUCGGACUUUAGCUGGGAAUAAUGUUUAUUAUCUAACCAUUACUGCUCCUCCUAACCCCAACGAUUUAGAGCCAAAGAAGAAGAAAGCAGUGGUUAUAACAGGGAGAGUACAUCCUGGAGAAACCCCAUCUUCAUGGAUGAUGAAAGGUUUCAUAGACUACUUAACCGGUGACUCAAAUCAAGCACGCGAGUUGCGCGAAAAGUUUAUAUUCAAACUGGUGCCAAUGCUGAACCCGGAUGGCGUAAUCGUGGGCAAUAAUCGGUGCUCAUUGACCGGAAAGGAUCUGAACAGGCAAUAUAGGACUGUUAUACGAGAGACGUAUCCACCUGUUUGGCAUACUAAAUUGAUGAUUCGAAGAUUGCAGGAAGAGUGCGGUGUAGCGAUGUACUUGGAUUUACACGCGCAUUCUCGAAAACAUAACAUAUUUAUUUACGGCUGUGAAAGUAGAAGAAAUACAGAUAGAAGAUUACAAGAACAGGUUUUUCCCUUGAUGUUACACAAAAAUGCUGCAGACAAGUUCUCUUUUGAAAAUUGCAAAUUCAGAAUCCAACGAAGUAAAGAAGGAACAGGCAGAGUGGUUGUGUGGAUGCUCGGAGUGGCAAACAGCUACACGAUGGAAGCAUCUUUCGGAGGUUCAGAGUUGGGCAGCAGGAUGUCCACGCAUUUCUCAGUUCAGGAUUACGAGAGUUUAGGACGAACGUUUUGUGAAACUUUACUCGACUUUUACGACGAAGAUCCGAGCAAAGAAAGGCUGAGGACGAAAAUUGUAACAAGGCUGUUGAAGGAAGGGUCAAAUGCCGAUGAACCAACUAAUAUCGAUUUGUCUGAUUACUCCAGUGACGAAGGAGAUACAUCCAGUAGUAGUUCAGAAUCAGGAGCAAUAAGAAGACCAUUAGAGGUGCUCCAACCGGCACCACCAUCCUCUCCCAUUUUGCCCAAUAUCCAUAGAGAUAUCAGCGAUGUGAGUAUAGAGCUCAAAAUGCCCUCCUUGGACCUAGGAUCAUACAAAAUACUCAAUGAUCCUCCUUUGCAGCAACCGAGAAAACAAAGAAUAAAAUUGGAGAAAAUUAACCGCAUCGAAAAGAAGAAAACUAAGCGAGAAACUUUACAGGUUUCAAGAGCGACAAUUGAUUUGACAUCAGACGCUAUGACCGACGGAUCCUCGGACGCCGAAUCUUGUGAUGAAAAUCUCAGUCCUAUAAGACGGGUUCAAAAACUUCUGCAUUCUACAAAAUCUAAACCUAGGAGGAAAAAGAAAAUGCCGCCAGAACUGAAAAUUAUACCGGCACCGACAAGUGACUCUCCAUAUCAAUCAGACAAGGAAAAGAAAACUCCUUUAGGUAGACGUCCUCGCAGCGUAUCCAUGUUUAAUGAGCCUACAGAGAAGCCAAGAUUGAUACCUUCUUCGUGGCAUCAGUUUAGAUGCUUGCCUCCGCCAAAGUUUCUAUCAGACAGUAGGAACAGGAACUUGCAGCCGGCAGAGCUGCAGGUAAAACUGAACGUGCUGAAGAGAAACGUGUGGACCGGAGUCCCUGCUGAGGAGAAGGGACCCCUGUCCUGGGGCAUCUCGAGCUUUGCCAUGAACUCGUACUUCACGGACAGUGAGGCUUUGUUACGGUCAUGUUCAAAAAAAUUGGAAGAGAUUGAAGGAGAAAGAAAGAAGAGUAAAGAGGACAAGAAAAAGAAGAAAACUAAGUCCAAGAAGAUUUCUCUUAAAGUGCCAAAUGCUGGAGAUGAAUUGUUAGAAUCUGCUGGAAAAUCACCAAAAACUUGGAAGAAAAAGGGAAAGCUAAAACAUACUAAAUCCGAAGGAUCCCCAUACAUGAACAAUCCAAGUUUCACCGAUAUACCACGGAACACCCAACCCACACAGAAACCUAAUCCCGACAAAGCAAAGUCCAGAUUCAGGAAAGGUGUCUUCGUGUCUACAGCUAUCCAGAGCAAAAGGAAUAACAAGUUGAAUAUACUGUCCGAUAACUCUGAUACCGAUGAUUCUACUCAAUCUACAAAGAAAGUUAAGAAGAAACCCAAAACAGCAAAACCUAGGUUACGCAAAGCUGCAACAGAGAUUAAGACUAAAUAAGAACUGAAUUUAGCAUGAACUCGUGGAAACAGUCCAAUGAGCUAUAGUAUGAAUUUUCUGAGAUGGUUUUUUUGUUUUUUGCCGUAAUCUGUUAAACAAAAGCCUUUGUUUCUAUUAUUCACGGCGGCUAGCUCCCA